AUGCGCCUCGCGACAUUGACGUUCCUUGACGUUGGCCCUCAGAAUAGAGUCCCGUUUAUUCCCGUGAAAUCAUACAUCUUCAACAUUCACCUCAGCGGCUGGGAUAAUGACGGUGAACUGUGCGAGCUGACGUGCUUGACCAAUACGCUGGCUCUUUGUUGGGAGCAUGAAGCUGCCCUGCUGACUGCCACUAUGUUUUCGGCAGCCCGAUCGCCUUUCCCCAGGUCAGGUGUGUGGUGCGGCGAAGACCCACCGCAGCUUCGUGCCUCGGCAUAUCAGUCCUGGGGAACUUUGCUAUCCGGCGGCCGGCGGCCGACCGAACAUUAUCCGCACUUUUCCCAGUGGAAAAGUGUAGAAAAGGCCAAGAGGACUUAUACAAUGAGCGACUCGAGCGACGAUGGUAUCCCCCCGUGGCAGCGAGCGACCCAAGACUGCUCGGAGACCUCAUCGGAUGCCGGGGCGGCGCCAGCGGCAAGCACCGACGAGGGCACCGACGCUCGUAGCUCGGCUACAGAGGACAAAUUGACCAUUGCACGACGUUUCUUGGACGAUGAAAAUGUCAAAAACGAGUCGCGUGACAAGAAAGUGGCAUUUCUGAAAUCCAAGGGCGUCGAGGAUGCUCAUGUACAAACGCUGCUGGGCGACGUCCACGAGACCAUUACAGCGAAAGGGCCAACCGACACUUCUUCCACGCCGCAGAAAUCCGCAUCCGCUGCCGCCGACCGCGCGCCGAUCGUCACAUACCCCGAGUUCCUCACCAAACCGCAACGCCCGCCGCCGCUCGUUACUACGCAGGGUCUUCUCAACACGCUGUAUGGAUUCGCUGGACUCUCGACGCUCGUAUACGGCGUGAGCAAGUACGUCGCCGAACCCAUGAUUGAGAAUCUCAACGGCGCGCGCCAGGAGCUGCACGACACCACUGCCAGCCGCCUCGAGGAGCUUGUGAACCAGCUCGAACGCACCGUCUCGGUUGUGCCGCCGCCUAAGCAUGCUGCCCUCUUCGACAGUCCGCCUGCAUCGGCUGCCACAAAGAUAGCCAGCGAAGAAGAAGACGACGAGGACCCGGCUGAAAUGUUUCACCGUGAUGUCGGCACGCAGACCUCGUUUAGUGAUGCGCUGACGAGCGCUGCUGACGAUAUAAAGCAGCCUGAAACCAAACAGCCCGCAGUGCUGCAGCAUGCUACGGGCGUUACCAAGCUGGCAAAGUGCGUCUCAGGUCUGCGCGAUGCCGUAGUUUCUCAGAGCGGCGACUUUGAGGAUAUAAAAGCCCAGGUUGAGCACUUCCGGGAAGACCUCGACCGCAUGAUAUUCCCGCAAAUGGAUUUCACGCCCGGUAGCUAUGGCAUGAUGUCGACGGCUGGAUCCAAGAAUGAGCCGGAUGAUGAAGUACGAAAGGCAAGGGACAACAUCCGCCGGAUCAAGGGUGUGCUACUGAGUACGAGAAGCUUCCCCGCUUCAACGAGAUAG